GCAGUCGCGCCCCCCCCGCCCCCCCAAGAUUCGGGCGCGCUCCGGCUGCGGGGCUUCGAGAGGAGCGGUGCCGGGUUUGGGGGUGGGGGGAAGCGAGAGAAGGGGCCACGCGCUUGGCGAUUUUGCCCAACGGUAAUAUCGACAGAACCUUUCCAAUUAUGGCAAAAAGAAAAGAACGCCGUUUUUCAACGCCGGUAUCCCACAAAAGAUCUAGGCAAGAAUUCCCAGAUAGCUCUGAUGAAGACCUUGGUGACGAAUUCUCACAUCUAAUGAAUGAUAAUAAUUCCGAUGCUCAAUUGGUCUCGGGGGAUGUUGGGAUAAUUGAAAGUAUCCAGCUGAAGAAUUUUAUGUGCCACUCUAUGUUGGGGCCGUUCAAGUUUGGAUCCAAUGUCAAUUUUGUAGUUGGAAAUAAUGGAAGUGGGAAAAGUGCUGUAUUAACUGCCUUGAUUGUAGGUCUUGGAGGAAAAGCCACAGUGACAAACCGAGGAUCGUCUUUGAAAGUAUUUGUGAAAGAUGGACAGAGUUCUGCAGAUGUUUCAAUCACUCUGCGAAAUCGAGGUGAAGAUGCAUUUAAACCAGAGCAAUAUGGUGACUGUAUUACUAUAAAUCAGCACAUAACCUCAGAAGGACAUCGUAGUUAUAAGCUGAAAAGCAAUACAGGAGUCUUAAUUUCUUCCAAGAAAGAAGAACUUACUGCAAUCCUGGAUCACUUUAAUAUCCAGGUAGAUAAUCCCGUCUCUGUACUCACCCAGGAAAUGAGCAAACAGUUUUUACAGUCUAAAAAUGAAGGUGACAAAUACAAGUUUUUUAUGAAAGCAACUCAACUGGAGCAGAUGAAAGAAGAUUAUUCAUACAUCAUGGAAACUAAACAAAGAACAUCUGAUCAAGUUGAACAAGGAGGAGAGUUCCUUGAAGAACUUAGAAAGCAAUAUUUGGAGAAGGAGGAACGUUACAGAAGUAUUGCUGCUUUGAGUGAAAUGCAGAAUGAGCUACAAGGAUUGCAGUGUCAAAUAGCUUGGGCGAUGGUACGAGACACUGAAAAAGAAAUAAAAGCAAUCAGAGAUGAGGUUACUGCCCAAGAAGCAAAAACUGAUAAGUUCACUGACCGAGUGAAAGAAUGGCAGAAUAAAGUUGAUGCAGCAGAAGUUAAACAUAGAACUAGGCAAGACGAGGUAGAGAAGAUAACUGAAGAAGCUCAAACUCUAGGACCAUCAUGUAUUGCUUUGAAAACAGAAGUACACGCCAGAAGAAAAGGACACAAUGAUGCAGAGGCAGCACAUAACAGGUCUCAAGCUGAACUGAAGCGUUUGUUAAAAGAUCAGGAACAACUGCACAAAAAAAUUGAUGAACUAAAAAAUAGUGCUGAACAGAUUACAGCGCCUGAUAAAGUGGAAAAACAAAAAACAAUAGACCACUUGAAAGAAAAGCUGAAGACAUUACAGGAUCAAGAUGAAUCUAUUGCUCAGCAGAUAACACAGUUUCAACAGGCUCUACGUUCAUACGAUGAAGAUUUUACUCGACUUAGACAGGAAGAAAAUGAAGUGAAAAGAAAAAUAGAUUCUCAACAGCAACAGCUAAGACAAUUAAAGGAGAGUAAAACCAAUCGCAUGAAAAGAUUUGGAUCAUAUAUGCCAGACCUUUGUGAAGCAAUUGAUGCAGCUAAUGCUCAAGGGCAGUUUACAUACAAACCAAUAGGACCGUUAGGUUCUUUUAUUCAUCUGAAAGAUCCUGAACUUACCGUGGCUGUUGAAGCAUGCUUAAAAAACCUGCUACUUGCAUUUUGUUGUGACAAUCAUAAAGAUGAAAGAGUAUUACAGGCAUUGAUGUCCAAAUACUGUCAAGCUGGUUUUCGACCUACGAUUAUUGUUAUUCGUUUUCAGAACAGUGUUUAUGAUGUAAAGUCAAGGGCUGUUUUUCACCCUAACUACCCAACAGUUUUGACGGCAUUGGACAUUGACCAUACAGUAGUAGCCAAUUGCUUAAUUGACAUGAGGAGCAUAGAGACUGUCCUGUUGAUUAAAAGUAAUUACGAAGCUCGAAGAGUUAUGCAGCACAACAAGCCUCCUAAAAAUUGUAAGGAAGCUUUUACUGCUGAUGGUGAUCAGGUGUUUGAGGAAAGAUACUACUCUUCUGAAAAUAAAGGGCCUAGGUUUCUCAGCAGAGAUGUAGAAGCAGACAUAAGUAAUUUGGAGAGAGACAUUGAAAACCGGAAAACUCAUCUCUUGGCAACACAGCAACGAAUACGUUCUACUGAAGUUGACAUUAAACAGAACAAAUUUCAUCUGGCUGAUCAUCAUCAGCACAAAAAAGAAUUGCAGAUAACAAUGAGGAAAACAAAAUUAGAAAUUACAGACCUUGAAAAUGUAGAAGAAUCAGUGGUGAUCUCUACAUUAGAAGAAGAAAUUCAUGAUAACCAACAGAAAAUAGAAACCGUUAAGGAACGAAUACUUAAGCAGAAGGAGAAACUGGAGGAACUGAAAUGCCUUUUGCAAGAAGACGAACAAAAAUUUGCAGCCAUUAAAGAGAAAAUUAAUCAAGUACAAGAUGAAGCAGCUACAAUCAAGGAUGGAUUACAUCAGGCAGAGGAUGAACUGGGGAGAAGUAAAAACAAUCUAAAACAUUACGAAGAAAAAGAAAGGCUCCAUUUAGUAUCCAUAAAAGCAUUUAAACAUAAUGUAGCUACAAAAGAGAGAGAAUUAGAGGAAAUGAUUGCAAAGGCUUCAAAGAUCCAUCCAGAGCGAAUAGAAGUAACUAGGACUUAUAAAAGUCUGGAUACAGAAAUGAAUCGUUUGAGACAAAAAAUAAAUUCAGAAAGAGAACGUACUGGGGAUAGAGAAGAAAUAAUAAGACAACUUCAGGAAGCAAAAGAAAAAUACCAGAGUUCAGAAAGCAAAAGCAAAAAUUUGAAGAAAUUCAUUAAACUAUUGGAUGAGAUGAUGGUUCAGAGACAUAAAACGUAUCUGCAGUUUAGAAGGUUUCUUACUAUGCGAUGCAAAUAUUACUUCAACUCUUUGUUAAAUCAGCGGUCGUAUUCUGGAAAAAUAGAGUUUGACCACAAGAAUGAAAGACUUUCAAUUACUGCCUUAAUAGAUCAAAAAAACCCGUUGCCAGUUACUACGACAGAAAUUAAGGUAUUUUACAAAUACUAUGUCAAAUACAGUGCUAUCUAUAUACCGUAUUUUUCGGAGUAUAAGACACACCGGAGUAUAAGACACAGCUUAGUUUUUGGGGAGAAAAAUAGCAAAAAAAAAAAAAAAAAACCUGCUACAAGGUAUUCAUCUGGCUAGCAUCCAUAGUCUGGUCAGCUUCAGCACAUUAGUUUGCUAGUUUUGAGCACGUGCGUGUGCUUUUUAUCCCCUACUUGGGAGUAAAAAAAAGCUUCUAAAGCACAGCUGAGAGUCGGAGGGAGCAGGCAAAACGUGGAAGAUUGCUUCACUCACUAGCGCCUCGUUAGGGCUGAAAAAAAGCUUUGAAAAAGCUACAUUCGGAGUAUAAGACACACCCAAAUUUUCAGCCUUUUUUGGGGGGGGAGGGGAGAAGUCUGUCUUAUACUCCGAAAAAUAUGGUAAGUGUGAUAUUGUUGUUAAAUAUAACUUUUCUUGAACAAUAUGGAACAGUAAAGGCUUUAUGAGGAAAUUUCACUAUGAGGAAGUGAGAAUGUUACAUCUAAUUUUGAACAUGGCCGAAUCAGUUUGGUGUUUGUUGGGUUGAUUUUUUUAAUUGUCAAAUUUUAUGUUUAGGCCACUUAUAUGUAUUGACAGUUUAUUGAUAGUUAUUGGCAAUCAGGAAUGCCACAUUAAUGAAUACAUGGAAUUAAUUGCCAAAGAAUAAAUAAAUUGGUGAAAGAUGGGCAUAAUGCUUAGCUUCUCUUUCACCAUUUCUAUUGGCUUUCAUAAUAACGAUGGAAUUAAUGGACUUGAUCCUCUCUGGCCAAUUUCCAGGUUGAACAAACGGGGGAAGAAGCAGGUAACUGCUCUGUCCCACAUUUAUUAGUAUAAUACAGUACCCUGGUUCUAGCCUGAAAAAUGUUUUAGAGGUAAUUCUAUGAGGAAAAAAAAAUGGGAUUCAACUUUUCAUAGUCCUGCAAUUUUUGAAAACUUAAUAGUCAAUUUUAUGUAAUCGUAGCAAUCAUCUCUUAGAUGAACCUUCUUGAAAUUGCUCGUGAUUUUUUUAUAUAUAUAAAUUAAAAUUAUUUUCAUAUUGGGGAGUUGUUAUGACAUUUGUCACCUCAAGAUGUCCUCAUAAUUCUAAAAGCUGAACUCUACUGAAUAUUUGCAGAAAAACAACAAGUGUUUUCUGGCCACUUUUUCUUAGCACAAUAUUUUAUUGCUAUUUAAGUUUAAUUGUAAAUACAGGGUGGUAUGAUUGUCUGUGUUUAUAGUAUUAGAUGCUUUGGAUGCAAUUCAUGAAGCGUCGUGAUGAUGAAUAUUUCAUUCAUUUCAAUGGCCUGGAAGCAGUGGAAUGAUUUAUUUUUUAAUAUAUUGUUUAGCAGAUCUCGUUGUACAUGUUUCAUAAAAGAUUUUUACUUUAAGAUACAUUGGAAUAAUGUGUGGACACCUUGUUGAAUAUAAAUGUAAUUUUCAAUUUUAAAGCACGGAAAUUACCUGUGUCAAAACAACACAUUCAUUAUGGUUGUUCUUAGUUAUUUGCAAGAUUCUAAUAAUUAGGGAAAGGGUGAGCUGGGCCUUUUUGAGCUGGAUUUCCAUCUAUUUAUUAAUUCCUUUUUAUCCUGGGAGUAGAUGUUCACUUUCCUCUACUUACACUGACUGAAAAGAUAAGCUUAUAGUGCUGCACUUUUACUUGUGAAAAGUUUUUCUAUUUGCAUGGCUCCAGUGAUUGGCAUAUGGUGAGAUUUCUGAGCUGGAUUUCCAUCCACUGUAUUCUUUAAUUCCUUUUUGUCCUGGGAAUAGAUGUUCACCUUCCUUUUUGUGUUCUACUUACACUGACUGAAAAGAUAAACUUGUAGCACUGCGCUUUUCCUUAGAAGUUCUUUUUUGUUUUUCUUAGUUGUAUUAAAAGUAGUCUUAAGGAAAGACAGUUAUAAGGAAACAAACAAAUAACUGAAAAGGAAGUCUAAGUAAGUGCAAAGAAAGUCAGUAAUCUGGCUAUUUAUCUGCACCUUUCUAUUUUGGUUCAGGUUUUUGAACAACAAUCCUACAUAUUCUCAAACAAAUUACUGUUCUUAUGAACAAGAUUGAUCAACCCCUUUUCUUUGGUAUACAUUUGCCUACCAGCAGCUGUCCAUCCCAACCUUAAGACUUAGCAUUCAUCCAGCAGUGGAAAGGCAGCAUCAUAUGAUCAUUCAUUGAAGAGUUCUUUUUUGGACUUUCUUUCACUAGACAAAUUUCAUUUUUGACUCUUGAUUAAGAAGAGAGAGAAUUACCCAUUGUACAAAAUUAUACAGAAUACUGGACGUUAAAGUCGUGUAUUCAAACACAAAUAUUUUGAGACUGAAAAGUUAACACUCAAAAUGUUUUGCACAACUCUACGCUCUAAAGUUUUUCCUUUCAAAUGUAGAAGAAUUGAAUAGUUUUCCACAUGAUUAACAGGGUUCCAGCAAUUUUUGAAAUGCAUUUACUACACAAAGAAACCACAGUUACCCUACAGUCUCUCAAUUAAGGCAUUGAGAGCAAUCUAUACCAAACAAAAUUUGGCCCAAAGAAAGCAGCAAUGUGUUUUGCUUAGACUAGUGAGGAGAACACGAGUCUUGCCCAUUCAGAACAUGUGAGCUUUGCAAUUCAGGAAUUACAGUUAAUUAUUUUUUUUAAAGAAGGCAUUAUUGUACCAUUUAUCUUGUAGCGGAAUACUUGAGGAUGUAAAAGAAUAUAUAAACGACUGCAAAAUAGGUUAGAUUGUAUUUGGUUUUCCAUUAAGAGUAUUACCAGAUGUACUACCCUGUUUCCCCCAAAAUAAGACAUCCCCUGAUAAUAAGCCCAAUCAGGCUUUUGAACGCAUGGCAAGCACUUAUUUCAGGGUUCAAAUAAGGCCAAGCACUUAUUUCAGGGUUCAAAAAAAUAUAAGACAGGGUCUUAUUUUCAGGAAAACAUGGUAGUCAAGAGAUGAAGCUUCCAGAUGAAUCAUUCAAAGGUUGAUGGUCAGUCAUGAUCCAACUUUAGUACUUUCUUGAAGAAUUUAAAAUCGGCCAGCAUCAAAGAAAACAAAUGUUUUCUGCUCCCAAACAGAUGAUUAUCAAUACAUCAUGUUGGCAAUCAGAGUGAGAGUCUGUCAGUGAAAUGUUAGGUUUCGUAUUAAUUUGUCAUUGUCUCUAGGGGACAGUUAAGUUGUUAUCUCAUACUGACAGGAAAAAAUAUAUACUUAUAACUCAGUGCUUGAUGAUUUUAAUGAUUCAAAAUCACAACUGACCUCCCAAGAACUACUUACGACCUGUGUUUGGAAUUACAAUGGCCUACACACUCCCAUCAUGUAAUUGCAAUUUGGGCACUUGGCAACCAGCUCACCUUCACAGGUGUUUGCAGCCUCCCAUGAUUAUGGGGUCACCCAUCUUGGUUGGAGGUGGAUUGCUCAGUAAAUUUUGAAAUGUCAUUCUGAACUGCUUGAAAGGUUGAUUGUAGUGUGUUAAUAGUGCUUCUGCCUUCUCCAUCAUUGCUCAUUUGGUUGCCUUGCACAGCGGUGCUGGUGUUGAAAUAGAUUCUUCACACUUUCUGUUGCCUCAUCCAGCCAUUAUUGCCCCCCCCUCCAGCCUCUACUUCAGCCCCAGCAUUGCCAGUGCUGCCACUACCACUGAGGAGUGCUCUCUCAAACCAGGUGCUGUGGCCAGAUGCCACACCGCAAAGUCCAGGGCCCCGCCACCCUGUGCAAGUAUAUGUUGAAUUUUUAAUAAUGCUUUGUUUCACCUGGAAAUAUUUUUUUUCCUUAUCAUAUAAUUUCAGUUUUAU